AUGGUGCCCGGGGCUGGUGUGUCCCGCCACGGGAAGCGAAAGGCGGAGCACGAGCGCAACGCCUCGGCCUCGAAGAAGGCGAUGGAGGCGUACUACGGCCACGCCGGUCACGCCGGCGUGGCUGCCGGAGGCGGCCGCUCGUCUGGGGGCGACAACAGCGGGGAAGAGGCAACAGACGACGAGAGCGAAUUUUCCUCGGUGGACGGCAGAACGUCCCCCUCGCAGCAACCGGGCGCCUGGGGGGUGGCGCCGCCUCCCCAGCCGGGGAUGGGGGUGCACUUCAGCCCGGAGGCUCACGACUUCGCGGCAGCCGCGGCCGCGGCGGGCUUCAAUAACGUGCCGGCGGCGCACGCUUUACAGCAGCAGAUGGGAGGGUGCCGGAUAUUCAGGGACUGGCGUGCCUCUCGGCGGCGCUUCGCUUGCCUGCUGUCGGUUGAGAACUAGUUAUCACACGCAUUAUUGUGUAUUCGAGGCGGGAGAGUAGGUGCACAAGAGUGCUAGGCAACAAGCAACGUCUGCCGGCUUGAGACACGAAGGGCAGCUUGUUUAUUACCGCAUGUAAACCCACAGCAGUAGUAGUAGGUAUGCCGUGUGUUGUGUGGAGACUAGGGCAUAUGGUGGUGUUGAUGUCGAGGUUUGUAGUGUUUUGUUUGGGGUAGCUUUUUGUGUUGGGUGAUCUAUCUACCUGUGUAUCUCGGUACGAAGCACUCGAGUUUUUAUGUUGAUAUCCACGGCACGCUAGGGUAUCUCGCAGCGCGGCCAGCU